AUGAAUGAGUCGACUCGGCGGAAGUCCUUCGAUUCUACCGUUGCUGACUAUACUUUUACUGGAUGGUUUACUUUAGACCCGCCCGCUGAACAGUUGAAACGAAUCGUGCUAGACAAUGGGGGACAAUACCAUGUUUACGCUACAGACGAGAGGACUCACGUCAUUGCAUCGAAUCUGCCGCAUUCUAAACUAUCUCGAUUGAAGAGUACGGACAAAAUCGUCCGUCCGGAGUGGAUAAUGGACAGUCUUGCAGCUGGCUGUCUUCUUCCAGAACGAGACUAUCGUUUGCUGCGUACGGAGAAUAUCGAAAAAUUUUGUGAAAGCGUUCCCGGAACAUCAGAGAAGGAAUUCAGUGCCGCUGCAACGUCCUCGUCCAAACAAUACACCAGAUCGAUCCCUGCAACGAACGAUCCGAAUUUUUUGUCAGAAUUUUAUAAGAAGUCUCGCCUGCAUUUUCUAUCAUCUUGGGGUCAAGAGAUGAAGAAGUUCGUCCAACAAAUUCGUCAGACCUCGGACAGAACUUUUAAAGGGCGAGAACGUUUGAAGACCUUCCUAUCAAAGAUAGGCAACGAUCAACAGUUAACCGAAGAUGAUGAAUCUGUAUUAUCGUUUCCGUCGCACGUGAUGCAUUUGGACAUGGACUGCUUCUUCGUAUCGAUCAGCUUGAGAAAUCGACCAGAACUAGAAAACUCCCCUGUAGCCGUCUGUCAUUCCAGCGGGCGAGGUCAAGACGAGAAGAAGUCUUUUGCUGAAGUAGCCUCUUGUAACUACGUCGCAAGGCGUUAUACAUUGGACAUUGAGCCGGUCAGUUGCGACGAAAUGUUCGUUGACCUCGAAGAGUUGUGCCGCUCGAUGCCGUGUCAACCGACGGAGGUUGCAAAUUUCUUUCGUCAUGAAAUUCGAAAUCGCAUAGGCUGUUCUGCUUCAGCUGGAAUCGGUGUCGGCUACCAUACCUUGGCAAAAUUACAAGAACUAGGCGCUUCUACUUGUGGUGAUCUGACAAAAGUUGAUUUACCGAAAUUGCAGAAAACUUUUGGCACUAAACGGGGCAAACUGCUGUACGAAUUUGUCCGUGGUAUUGACUGGCGUCCCGUCAUCGCGGACCCUGGUGCCAAGUCUGUUUCAUGCGAUGUCAAUUACGGAAUUCGUUUUUCGACGACGGACGAAGCGGAAAGUUUCUUGCAGAGACUCUGUGAAGAGCUUCACGGUCGAAUGCAGGCGAUCGGCAAAUGUGGACACUCUGUCACCCUUAAACUGAUGGUUCGAAGCUUGACCGCCCCCGUCAACACGAAAAAGUUCUUGGGACACGGCGAAUGCGAUACUGUUUCCCGGUCCUGUACAACGAUGAAGCCAAUGUCCGAAGCUGCUGCUAUUUACGAACAGUGUCUCUCGCUUCUGCACCUGUUGAAGCCGAACCCGUGCGACAUUCGUGGAGUGAGUCUGUAUACCAUGCAUCGAGCUUCUAGAAUUUUCCAAUAA